GCUAAAUCUCGCGAGAGUUGCUUUUGCGCGCGAACUCUAAGUCCCAGGGUCCCGGGGUCCGCUUGUGGCUAGUGGCUGUGCAGGCCCCCGGGGGACGCGACGACUCCAGCGGACCCGGACACCUUCUUCACCCCGCCAUGGAGACCUCAGCGAAGAAGGAGCAGCAGCAGCCCGCGGAGGCCAAGAUCAGAAACCUGCCCUGGGUUGAAAAAUACCGGCCACAGACACUGAAUGAUCUGAUUUCUCAUCAGGACAUUUUGAGUACCAUUCAGAAAUUUAUUAGCGAAGACCGACUGCCGCACCUGCUUCUCUAUGGUCCUCCAGGGACAGGAAAGACCUCUACCAUCCUAGCCUGUGCUAAACAGCUAUACAAAGAUAAGGAAUUUGGCUCCAUGGUCUUGGAGCUGAAUGCUUCAGACGACCGAGGAAUAGAUAUCGUUCGGGGACCAAUCCUGAGCUUUGCCAGCACAAGGACAAUAUUUAAGAAAGGCUUCAAACUAGUGAUCUUGGAUGAAGCUGACGCCAUGACUCAAGACGCCCAGAACGCCUUGAGGAGAGUGAUUGAGAAAUUUACCGAAAAUACCCGCUUUUGCCUCAUCUGUAACUAUCUGUCAAAGAUCAUCCCCGCCUUGCAGUCCCGCUGUACGAGGUUCCGAUUCGGUCCUCUGACUCCUGAACUCAUGGUUCCCCGCCUGGAACAUGUUGUAGAAGAAGAGAAGGUGGACAUAAGUGAGGACGGGAUGAAAGCACUUGUGACUCUUUCCAGCGGAGAUAUGCGAAGGGCUCUGAACAUUCUGCAGAGCACCAAUAUGGCCUUUGGGAAGGUGACAGAGGAGACCGUCUACACCUGCACUGGGCACCCACUCAAGUCAGACAUCGCCAACAUUCUGGACUGGAUGUUGAAUCAAGACUUCACGACAGCCUACAGAAAUAUUACAGAGUUGAAAACGCUGAAGGGGUUGGCGUUACAGGACAUCCUGACAGAGAUACACUUGUUUGUGCACAGAGUUGACUUUCCAUCUUCAGUUCGAGUACAUUUAUUGACCAAAAUGGCAGACAUUGAGUACAGACUUUCUGUUGGCACCAACGAGAAGAUUCAGCUGAGUUCCCUCAUAGCCGCUUUCCAGGUCACCAGGGACCUGAUCGUCACAGAGGCCUAAAUGCUGAGGACCAUUCGCCACCACUCGCGGGCCCCACAGUGACUGGAGAAGAGGGGACUCUGACACAGGAUGAACUGCUGUGCGGGCUGGGGGAUGAAGCCACAGUCACCCCACAUUUUGGAAAACUGUUCCAGACACGGGUGGGCAAAGGUUUAAAAAGUACCAUGUUUGUGUUUGGAGCAGGUAUAUACCAAACAGUUUUAAUAUACAGCUCUCUUAUUGCACUGCCCAUUUGUUUUACAGGAAAAGAGUAAAAUGCUUUCUUUUAGCCUUAAGGCUUUUUACCAUUCGAUUGCUUAGAUGGCAGGAAAUUGGCCUACCCCAUUUUGGUCUAGAACAAAAGGCUUCCAAAUCUCAUGUGGUACCAGUGUCUUUGAUUACUCAAGGUAAACUGAACAUCUCCAGAAUCAAGUGUGUAAAUCUAAUCUGUGGCACCAUCUCCAUAUCUACUUUAUAAAGGUGUUAAUGAAGAAAAAAAUAGGUGUUAAUGGAUUUCUGGCCCAUUAACCUGAGGCACAGGGCCUCAGGUUCCCUUACUUGAAAAGUGUCUAUUUCUCCUCUUAAAGUAGGUUCCUAACUGCGGUGUGGACAGUGAAGAGUCACUUUGUGCCCAUGGGGGCCAGGCCUAGGACUCCCUCCUUAAUGCAAGGAGGGCAGGCAAACGUGGGCUGGACUCGAAGCCGCAAGGACGAGGCCCUGUGCAGUGUGGCAGUUUAUUUUAGAGCAAACAGGCUGCAUUUAUGAUAGUGUUCUUCUCAAUAAAAAUAAAGCAGCUUGCAUGUUGGCUGUGUUACGAGUGACUCCUUCGCCGAUUAUAAACACGCGGUCAUUCAACUUGCACCUAUGUGAAAAGCCUCCCCCAUCUCUGGUAUCACAGAAUAAGCUCUCCUCGGAGGCUAUUCUUUACAAAGGUGUCAGGUUCUUAUACUAUUCAAAAGGGAGAAGUUGGUUACUUCCAUCACUCGCGUUCAACCCACUCCCCGAGGACACCAAGCAAAGUUUGCAGCUAAUGGCAAAGUGGGGCCUCGGGGAAGCCGCCCAGAGCCUCUCAGACUACGCUGUGACAUUUCAAGAUAACCACAAAAUUGAAAAUUGGCCCCAGCCAUUCCCCGCUGUCCUGCUGUACUCACUUGGUUUGAGAGGUGGUAUUUUUUUCUUAGUGGAAAAAAUGAAACGGUGAGCCAAAAGCUUUUUAACUUUCCCUUCGAUGGAAGCCUCUCAUCUUGAAAAGAAAUGUUUUUCUUCGGCAACAAAGGUGGUAGGGGGGAUUCUCGUACUUUUGCAACAAGUUUUAUAAUGUUACACUGGCCUCCAAAAAGCACCUAGUAAGAAAGCCAAAGGAUAAGGUGUUGUGUUUCUUUUAAAAUAAUUUAAAAUAUAUUAAAUUUUCCAAAGGCAGAUUUCAUUGGAAUGAGGUGUCUUGAUCAGAUAAUGACACGCCACUGAAGGAAGGAGAACAGUACUUUCAAGGAGCUAUUUCUGUGAAGGGGCGGAGGUGACACCGGCUGAGGAGUCCGAUGAGGUGACGCAGCAGAGGAAGACCGCGUACACGAGAAUCAGCCGAAGGGGCGGCCACACCAAUUCUCUACACAAUCAAGAAGAGACAUCUUCACAACUGGUCGGCUUAACAACUAUGGUUUUUAGAUACUGUGGAGGGAAACACAGUUGUACCUUAACAUCUGCUGAGAAAAUACAAAUAAAUAUGCUACAAAUGGCAAACACCUGCCAACGCGGUGGCCAUCUGAACAGUCAUGCAGUUUAGGGGGACAUCUGUGUGGGACCGGACAUACACAUCUGUCAUCGCCUGCACAUGCACACCACUGUUUAUAAAAAAAAAAAAAAGAAA